AUCAUCUCUGAGACUGGAGUUUGAACGCAAAUAUAAUACAUGUCCAGUUGAUCAGGAUUUGGGAAUGGGCCACUACUGACUGCUGAAAAAAGGAGAAAUGCAUCAGGUGUGUGGAGUCUUUGUAUUCUUUAAUCUAUGCCUCCAUUUCCUGGCACCAUCAUGCAGUGGAGGAAAUAUUCUAGUGUAUCCUAUUGAUGGAAGCCACUGGAUCAACAUGAAGAUUCUUCUAGAAGAACUUCAUGCCAGGGGACACAAUAUUACUGUGAUUAGGGUUUCCACCAGCUGGUACAUAAAAGAGAAGUCUCCUAUCUACUCAUCCAUCACCGUUGAAGUGGAAGAGGCCUUGGAAGAUUUUUUUGAUGUGUUCAUAAAGGAGCAAAUUAGGGUGCAGCGAGAAGGUGCUUCACUGUCGUCUUUCUUCAGGCUACACAAAGACUUUAUUUCUAUGAUGUCUCAUGCUCAUGCAUUGCGGUGUAAUGCUACAAAACACAUUUUUGAGAAUAAGAACCUGGUAAAACAAAUCAUCGAUUCAAAGUUUGAUCUGGUUCUGACUGAUCCAGCAAUGAGUGCAGGGGUCGUACUUGCAAAAUAUUUUAAUCUACCUGUGGUACUCAAUGUGCGCUGGAUCACCAGUGGAGAAGGUCACUUUGUUCUGGCCCCUUCUCCACUUUCUUAUAUCCCAGUACCAGGAUCAGGGUUAACAGAUAGGAUGGACUUCAUUCAGAGGCUCAAAAACAUAUUUUUUUACGGCAUCAUAAACUUUCAGCAAAUAGUUAUGGUGGGGCCCAUCUAUGAUGACAUCUGUAGUAAAUACAUCCAGGGUGGGUGUAGCAUUGUCUCUCUGCUUCAGCAAGCAGACAUUUGGCUUUUUAGAUCAGAUUUUGUGUUUGACUUCCCUCGACCUACCAUGCCAAACGUGGUCUACAUCGGAGGAUUCCAGUGCAAACCAGCUGAACCUCUGCCAGCAGAUCUAGAGAAGUUUGUUCAAAGUUCUGGCGAACAUGGAGUGAUAAUCAUGACUUUGGGAACAUUGGUUAAUGAACUACCACAAGACGUUGCAAAUGAGAUUGCCGAAGUCUUUUCCAAAAUGCCCCAGAAGGUGAUAUGGAAACACAAAGGGGACCGUCCAUCUACACUGGGCGAUAACACUCUCAUAGUGGACUGGAUGCCACAGAAAGACCUCCUUGGACAUUCGCAGGUUAAAGUCUUUGUAGCUCAUGGAGGGACCAACGGAGUCCAAGAGGCCAUUUACCAUGGGGUCCCAGUGCUGGGCAUCCCACUGUUCUUUGAUCAGUACGACAACCUUCUACGUUUGCAGGAAAGAGGAGCUGGUAAAAUCCUCCAACUUGCUGACUUGAAUGGCCGCACUUUUGAAGAAGGUCUUAAGGAGGUGCUCCAUAAUAUUAGCUACAGGCAAAACAUUCAAAGACUUUCUUGUUUGCACAAAGAUAAGCCAAUGUCACCCAUGGAUCAGGCUAUUUUCUGGAUAGAGUAUGUGAUACGACACAAAGGGGCUCGACAUCUGAUUUCAGAGGCUUACAAGAUGCCGUGGUACUCAUAUCACAGUUUUGAUGUUGUCCUUUUGGUGCUGGCAGUAGAAACUGUGCUGCUUUACGCCAUUUAUGCUGUUUUCAGAUUUCUGUGCUGCAGAAGGAAAAGAAAGACAAAAACCAAACAAAACUAAACAAUUCUGUAUUUGUUAAAACAUUUUUUCCUCUAGUUUUGUUUAAAUAUUUGAAGCCAAUUUACAAGUUGGGAUGAAUUUAUUUUAUGGAAUAAUGUAAAAAGCGGUCUAGCACUGAACCUAAUGAUUUUACUUUAUUUAUCCGGCUAAAAACAGGCGAAAGAGGAAAUAAAAAUAGAAAUUCUAACACAUCAAUAAAAUCAGGUUUUCUGCUGUUUAAAAAUAGAUUUUGAAGUUCUGUGGCAGUUGUUGUACACAGGCCUAUGGGUAUUUAAGUUUCGUUUUGACAACAGAAACCAUCAAAUGAAAAAGAAAAAGGUUUGAUUAAAAAAAAAUUGGAAUCUAAAAAUCAAAUUUUGCUAAAAUCAAGAUUUUUUAAAUCCUGUGUUACAUCAGUCUUUGUUUAAAAAGAAGACUUGAAGUAUUUUUUUCUUUGUGGUAUAAGUGAAGAAAAUGUAAUAUUUAUAUAGAAAAUAAAUAUAAAUAUAUUUUUUUGCGUAAAACUAGAUUUACAUGUUUUUUUAUUGCAGCAACUUGCAAACAGUAAUUAGCACAGCUGUAAUAAUUUCAUUUGUAAAACUACAUCUUAUUGUUGUUCCAAAGAUUUUACCAUCUAUCCAAUGAGUGCUAAGAACUGUAUAUCUGGAGUUACGUUUGGCACCACCGUCUUGAGCAAUAACCUAUAGUUUAGACAAGACUGGGACGUUUUUUCUAUGAAUUUAUUUCUUUUUUUCUUAAACAUGAUUAAACAGAGAAAAUAACUGUUUUUUUAAUGUCCCGUUUAAAUGUUAAAAAUUACAUAAAAGGAUUGUUUACACUUAUUAAUGCAUUCAUUUUUUUUAAAGGACGCUUGAAAUACCUAUAAGCACAUGGACCCAGUUGUUUUUUUCUCUAUGAAUAAAUUGAUUUGAAAAUGGAA